AUGGUAUCUCAAUGGAAGGCUCAUUCAAGCACCAAUGUGGAUCAAAGACCACAAAAGACAACUAACUUUCCACUUUGGCCCUACUCUUACCUGGUGCUGCUGCUCCCCGUGUUUGUCCUCACUGAUUACGUCCGCUACAAGCCGGUCAUCUUCUUACAGGGGAUAAGCUUCAUCGUCACCUGGCUGCUGCUCCUGUUUGGCCAAGGAGUGAAGAUCAUGCAGCUGGUUGAAUUUGUCUAUGGUCUGGUGUCGGCCACCGAGGUGGCCUACUACGCCUACAUCUACAGUGUGGUCAGACCAGAGCACUACCAGAAGGUGAGCGGCUACUGUCGGAGUGUCACGCUGGUGGCCUACACAGCGGCCUCGGUGCUGGCCCAGCUCCUGGUUUCCCUGGCAAACGUGUCCUACUUCCACCUCCACGUCAUCUCCUUGGCCUCUGUCUCCGUGGCUUUCUUCUUCUCCCUCUUUCUGCCAAUGCCCAAGAAGAGCAUGUUUUUCCAUGCAAAACCCAGCAAACAAGCUUCUCAGAAGACACCAGGACAGACUGCCGUCCCAGAGGAAGCCCUUAGAGGUGACGAAGCAGCCCACCAAGAAGCAGGCAGCCUUCCCAGGCCUGGGGAGGAGAGCCAGGCCAGCAGCCCCAAGCCCAAACAUGAGGCUUGGAGGAGCUGCGUGCAGUGGUUCCAGGAUCUGCGGGAGUGCUACUCCUCAAAGCGUCUUUUCUACUGGUCCCUGUGGUGGGCUCUUUCCACAGCGGGUUUUAACCAGGUUUUGAACUAUGUGCAGAUCCUGUGGGAUGACAAGGCCCCGUCCCAAGAUUUUUCAAUCUAUAAUGGAGCAGUAGAAGCCCUUGAAACCUUGGGGAGUUGUAUAUAUGUUGCCUUCCGAUUUAUCUGCAAGAAUAACAGUGAAUUCUGA